UUCAGCGCAGGUGCAGAAAGGAUUCUUUAAGAAGGAUGGGAUGGUGUGGGUGGUGUCAAAAGUGUGUCCUUACUUCUCUGAAAAUUUUCUCUUGAAACAAUUUCCCAAAAAAAUCCGUGGAAAAAUGCUGUAAAUCUCUGGCCAAAGUGGACAAAAGUGUGCAAUAAUGAAAUAUCAGGCACCGAAUUCUGUUUUGCUGCUGAUUUUCAUCACUUUUCCUCUCCAAAUUUGUGCUCAAUUACACAAAAAUCUCCAUCACUACGAGACCCUCCAUGUGGAUGACUUGAAUCAUAAGAUCGUGAAGAGAGGCACAAAGCCCAGUAGUCAUCCGUAUAAUACGAUAAAGGAGGUGGAGUUUAAGGUGCUGGGUAGGAAUUUUCGUUUGAUUCUGCAUCCGCACAAGGAUGUUUUGCACAGCAAUUUUCGAGCUUAUGCAAUUGAUGGGGAUGGUCAGGAGAAAAUCGUGCAUAUGGACCAUGAUGCCUUCUACACUGGGAGAGUUUUUGGCGAGGCUGAGUCCUCCGUGAGGGCACACAUUGAAGACAAUGGCAUAAUGACGGCUUCAGUGGUGCUUCCGGAUGAAACUUACCACAUUGAACCAUCCUGGAGACAUCUUCCGGACUCCAAAGGUAGCCAUAUGAUCGCCUAUAGGGCUUCAGAUGUCAAGCUGAGUUGGAAUGAUAAGCACAAGCCAGGAGAAAUGGGAGCUCCAAUCACUUGUGGAUAUGUCAAGGAAGGAUCAGAACUUGAGGAUGAGGAAGAUGAGGAGGAAAAUGCUGAGUCGGUGUGGACGGAGGAGAGUCAUAAAUCCCGUGAGAAGAGACAAGCUGAUCAGUAUGAGUACACACCGACUAAAACACGAUGCCCUCUCCUGCUCGUGGCGGAUUACAGAUUCUUCCAGGAAAUGGGCGGAAGUAAUACCAAGACCACAAUUAACUAUCUGAUCAGCCUGAUUGAUCGCGUGCACAAAAUCUACAAUGACACAGUCUGGCAGGACAGAUCUGACCAGGAAGGUUUCAAAGGGAUGGGAUUUGUCAUCAAGAAGAUCGUGGUGCAUUCGGAGCCAACUCGAGUUCGUGGCGGGGAAGCUCACUACAACAUGGUCCGGGAGAAAUGGGAUGUCCGAAAUUUGCUGGAAGUCUUCUCCCGAGAGUACAGUCACAAGGACUUCUGCCUUGCUCACUUAUUCACGGAUCUCAAGUUUGAGGGUGGAAUCCUGGGAUUGGCCUACGUUGGCUCUCCCAGACGAAAUUCCGUAGGAGGUAUCUGUACACCAGAAUACUUCAAAAACGGCUACACUCUCUACCUCAAUUCAGGACUGAGUAGCUCCCGGAAUCACUAUGGGCAACGGGUUAUCACGAGGGAAGCUGAUCUCGUGACAGCUCAUGAAUUUGGCCACAAUUGGGGCUCCGAACACGAUCCAGAUAUCCCUGAGUGCUCCCCAAGUGCCUCCCAGGGCGGCAGUUUUCUCAUGUACACCUAUUCCGUUUCCGGCUAUGAUGUCAACAACAAGAAAUUCUCCCCAUGCUCCCUGAGGUCCAUCCGCAAAGUUCUCCAAGCAAAAUCCGGUAGAUGCUUCAGUGAACCCGAAGAAUCCUUCUGUGGAAAUUUGCGCGUGGAAGGAGAUGAACAGUGCGAUGCUGGACUCUUGGGAACCGAGGACAAUGACGGAUGCUGUGACAAGAACUGCAAACUCAGGAGGAAUCAGGGAGCAGUUUGCAGUGACAAAAAUUCCCCAUGCUGCCAAAAUUGCCAGUACAUGCCCGUUGGGGUGAAAUGUCGCGAGGCUCAGUACUCAACAUGCGAGCAGGAAGCUCGCUGUACAGGGAAUCAUGCUGAAUGUCCCAAAUCUCCAGCCAUGGCUGAUGGGACAAUCUGCCAGGAGCGUGGGCAGUGUCGGGGUGGGAAGUGUGUGCCGUACUGUGAGACUCAAGGAUUGCAGAGCUGCAUGUGCGAUAUUAUUCAAGAUGCAUGCAAGAGAUGCUGCCGGAUGAGCAUCAACGAGACAUGCUUCCCAGUUGAACCCCCGGAUGUCCUGCCCGAUGGGACGCCAUGCAUUCAAGGCUUCUGCAACAAGGGCAUCUGCGAGAAGACCAUUCAGGAUGUCGUGGAGCGCUUCUGGGACAUUAUCGAGGAGAUCAAUAUCAACAAAGUUUUGCGCUUCCUUCGCGACAAUAUCGUCAUGACUGUGGUUCUUCUGACUGCCCUAUUUUGGAUCCCUGCCAGUUGUGUCAUCUCCUACUUCGAUCGGAAGAAGAGAAAGCAGGAGUUCAAGUCCUUCGAAUGGAGUCAAACUCUCGAUCUCAUUCAUCCGAGUGAUCGUCGUCGUGUCAUUCACAUAAGAGUCCCCCGACAAAAAAUCACCGUGGCUCGAAUGUAAGAUAGAAUCCUCAACUUGCACGCUGCAAUCACCCAGAAUCUCCUCAACACGAGAGAGCCAUUAGAAUAAAUGAAAGAAAUGAAUAUUAUGUGUUCGACUUAGAUGAUAAGAUGAUCCAAAUGAAUCCAUCUCGCUGUGUUCCACUAAAAGUCUGUCCUUUAUCAUUUCAUUAUUUUUCUCUUUGUUUUUUUUCUGUUGAAAUAUUCUUUAAUAAUAUGUCUUCACAGUCGUUACACACUCACUAUUAUUAAUUAUUUUUAUCUGUAUUUUUUUUCUUCUUCUUCAUCUUCUUUUCAUCACAAAAAAACUUAUAUCAUCAUUCUAAAAUAAAUUAUUGAUAUUUUCAUUUUUAUUUCUUCAUCAAAACAAAAUAAUUAGUCAAAAAAUUCAUCAUCCUCUCUUCUAUUUAUAAAAUAAUUCCGUAUUUACGUUGAUCUGGCUACAAAGCAUUUACAAAAAAAAGAAAACAAA